AUGUGUGGCAAGGCUUUUAAUCAAACUAGAAAGCUUGCAAUUCAUUGGAGAAUUCAUACUGGAGAGAAACCACAUAAAUGUGAUGUGUGUGGCAAGGCCUUUAGUCAAACUGCAAACCUGGCAGUUCAUCAGAGAAUUCAUACUGGAGAGAAGCCAUACAAAUGCAAUGUAUGUGGCAAGGCGUUUAGUCAUACUGCAAACUUUACUGUUCAUCGGAGACUUCAUACUGGAGAGAAACCAUAUAAAUGUGAUGUAUGUGUGAUGUUUACUCAAAACUCACAACUUGAAGUUCAUCAGAGAACUCAUACGGGAGAGAAGCCAUACAAAUGCAAUGUACGUGGCAAGGCAUUUAGUCAUACUGCAAACCUUACUGUUCAUCAGAGACUUCAUACUGGAGUGAAACCAUAUAAAUGUGAUAUAUGUGGCCUAGUCUUUAAUGAAGCUGCAAAGAUGGCAGUUCAUCAGAGAUUCCAUUCUGGAAAGAAACCAUAUAAAUGUGAUAUAUGUGGCAGAGCCUUUAGUCAAACUGCAAACCUUGCAGUUCAUCGGAGAAUUCAUACUGGAGAGAAACCAUAUAAAGGUGAUAUAUGUGGCAAGGCUUUCAGAGUAAGUUCAAACCUUGCUGUUCAUCAGAGUGUUCAUACUGGAGAGAAACCAUACAAAUGUGAUGUGUGUGGCAAGGCGUUUAGUCGUAAUGGAACCCUUGCUAUUCAUCGGAGAGUUCAUACUGGAGAGUAA